CCACCCUCUCUCUCUCUCUCUCUCGCUCGCUCUCUCUCAGUCUCACUCGCUGCCUUCAUCUCUCCCCUUCGCCCCCUUCUCAUCGCUAAUUCCCUUCUUCCCUUCCCUUCCCUUCCCUUCCCUUUCGUUCAUUCUCUCCUUGACCUGAUGCUCCUGCUGCUCCUGCUGCUCCUCGUCUGCACCAGGCUGUUGACGGUGGAUGCACUGACUGAGUGAUUGACCUCUGCGGAGAGUGUGCGCGUGGAUGUGACAUGCUAGAAUGAGAAUGGGUGGAGUCGCGGGGGAUUCUUCUAUCUUAGUCGCCUUGCCGUCUAAGCCCAAUCCCCGGCGACCCCCACCCCUCUCGUUUCCCCUGUCUUCUGCUGCUGGAGGUGAAGCUGACUGGGAGGACGCGCUCGCCUCUCCCGCAGAGCAAUCACGCCCGAAGAUGAAACAAAAAUCCACAGACGAUGGUUGCACUACCGACGAGGAGGGCGACUUGUCCAAGACGCUGUAUGAAUGCCGCUUCUGUAACAUGCGGUUUGCAAAGUCCCAAGCACUCGGUGGUCACAUGAAUCGGCACCGGCUAGAGAGGGAGAAGGAGCAAUAUCAGCAUGCGCAACAACUGGUGAGCUCAUUGGCACAGCAGCAGAUGCCGCGGACGUGGAAUACGAUGGCGGCGGAAUUGAACCCUUCCGGCACAGGAGCAGCCCUGGCGAGAUUGAGCAACCAAAUGACUGGUGCUCCCCGGGUCGACGGAUCAAGGCCACAACUCCCACCACAAAUCUCUUUCAACUCAACGCGGCAACCAAUCAGCACGACCUGCAGUAAUUCGAUCCCGACGUCUCCGUCAUCCAAUUACUACCUCCCUUCCAACUCGUCAAGCAAAAACCUCCAACAUCUGCAGUGGAAAGUCGACGGUUUCGAUUCCAACGGUACUAUUCCUAGGUCAGGCUCACAGGAAGGCCUCAAUGCGUUGGAUUCCACGCUGCAGGGGGACGGCAUGCGAGAUGACUUUCUGUCGGGUAUGCUUCGGCCGCGGCAAGACGGUGGGUCCUUCGUCAGCUCUCAGUUUAACAAUAUGAAUCCAAUGCUCUCGAGAGGGUUGGGUGGCCCGGGGUCGAACUCGUUCCAUGGUUCUGGCCCAGAUAUGAUUCAAGGCGGUUCGGGAACAACAGGGUUACAGUUUUGCCACAGCCGUACGAAUUCGCACCAACCGCAGAGUCGGAUGAACGAUGUGCUGCGGCAAUUAGCCUCCACAAGCACCCCGCUCAACUCCACUCUCAUGCAAGGCAGUCUCCCCAACGAUGUGAAACCGCCCGGUGCCUCCUUCGCUGCGAUGCGCACUUCGGCAUCCGCUCCCGCGUAUUUUAUGCAGGGCAACAACAACGUCCCGCAGUUUAAUCAGCAACAAAUGGGCCGACCUUCGGAGAGUCUGCUCCAGCCUUUCCAAACCUCAAUCAAUCGGCCGCUUGGCAAUGCUUCCACCAGCCAGCACCAUGCCAUGUCUCGAUCCAGCCUGUUUCCCAGCUACUCGUUCAAUAACCUCGGCGCUCCAAACUUUGGAUCCUUGGCCCCCAGCCAUGACCCGAACGCGCUCCAGGGCUUCGAGAAUAAUUUUGCGGGCGUGGGGCAAAACGGAUCAAUGAGCAGACCUCCCUUGACCCAGACCAGCUCCGGAUCCUCCGCCAGUGGUAGCUUCGGCAUUUGUGGAGGCCACGAGGGCAUGUAUGGCGUAAAAAUGCAAUCCGACGACGCCUACAACCAGCUCUCGGUGAACCAAGACAUGGGAGCUUCACACAUUUCUCACGGCGCCUUGAUGGGAAGCACUGUAGCGGCGCCGAUGGUUGCGUCAGUCGUGCAUGAGGUGGUGGAUGGAAAUCACUGCGAGUCCAUGAACACCACUACGGUGGAGUCCGGCGAUGUCUCGGGGUUGUCUGCCCCUGCGCGGUACCAGUCCACCGAUUUCAGUUCCGGCAGCCCAGAGUGGAAGCACCUGAACUCCCCUUCUGGACAGUUGGAGGCAAAUAUCUCAAGUCCAACCUCCGACGACUAUUGCUCCGCGUGACGACCAUCCGCCACUCUAACUCGAGAUGUACCACACUGCGAGUGUCAAUUAUGUAAUCGAAGCGUUUCCAGCCCGCAUCGGGUCACUGUAUGAACCAUUGUGACCAUUGCCAAGUAGCGCAUUAACUUGUUUCGACGCAGAGAGCCUGGACCUGGCCUGGACCAGCAGCUGCAGCAGCAGCAAACACACAAGGGGAUUGAAGGGUCGUGGUGACAUUUAAUUUACUUGUACAUUUUUAGCAACAUCUUGUUUGUACAGCAAAGUGGCUUGGGGGUAAAUCAGCCGUAGAAACCUAUAGUCAUCUGCGCCCUUCACCUUCAAGGUCAUGAGAUUCAUAUUCGUCUAGGCGGCGAGAAGGCUUUCUCAUUUUGCUGUAGAAUUUGCCGUGUGUCGUGUCGAAGCCUCAUGAAUUUUUCCUUCAUGUCGACGCCAUUUCGUAUUGCGGACCGUGAUUGCAGUAAAAAACUCGCACCCACCGGGGUCGGUGCCCUGUAUGUCCCCCCUACGACUACUACUACUAAAAGUAUUGUUGUUGAUGUUGUUGUUGUUGUU